AUAGCCUCUUGAGUCUUGACUUCCGGGUUAGGCAAUUCGGAUCAGCGAGGCAUCGCACGACACCAACAGUAAGGACCGGACCAGCGCUGCACUUUUCUGCUCCUUUGCCGCUUCCUUUACUCUUUGCAUCGAAUUCUCUCGCUUUCUCCACCAUUUUCCUUAUCAAGCUCUCUUCUUUUCUUCCCCCUUGUAUUUCUAGUUUACUUUCUUGAAGAAAGAAAGAAACUUUGGCGGACACAAUCAGGACUUUGAUUGUCCCUACUCCUUCUCUUACCGAAAAUCCAUUUCUUGCUCCGCCAUAUCAUUUUGGCAGUGCUUUGUUUUGGAAUUUUGGAUCGAUUUCGACUUUUUCGGGUUUCUUACAAUUGACUUGACCGCCUUUUCUUCUGUAAACGAAUGGGAAGCAUUGGCUUAAGUUGAUCGGGAGAAGGGUUGUUCAUCAUCAGAGCUCUCGAAGAUGAUUCCCUGGGGCGGACUCAGUUGCUGUUUGAGUGCGGCUGCUCUUUACCUUCUCGGGAGAAGUAGUGGCAGAGACGCCGAAAUUCUUAAGUCCGUUAGCCGUGUCAAUCAGUUAAAAGAAUUAGCACAACUGUUAGAUGCUGAAAUAUUACCUCUGGUUGUUGCAAUUUCCGGAAGAGUUGGCUCUGAAACCCCAGUUAACUGUGAAUUCAGCGGUUUAAGGGGCGUAAUAGUUGAAGAAACGGCAGAGCAACAUUUUCUUAAACACAAUGAUGCUGGUUCGUGGAUACAAGAUUCUGCUUUAAUGCUAUCCCUGAGUAAAGAAGUUCCUUGGUAUCUGGAUGAUGGAACUGGUCGUGUUCAUGUGGUUGGAGCUCGGGGCGCAACAGGUUUUGUAUUACCUGUUGGAAGUGAAGCAUUUGAAGAGUCAGGUCGAUCACUUGUACGUGGAACAUUAGAUUAUCUCCAAGGUCUCAAGAUGCUUGGAGUCAAGAGAAUUGAACGAGUACUUCCAAUUGGCACAUCCUUGACAGUUGUUGGUGAGGCUGCCAAAGAUGACAUUGGAACCAUCCGAAUUCAGCGACCCCACAAAGGGCCAUUUUAUGUCUCCCCAAAAACGAUUGAUCAGCUCAUUGCCAAUCUUGGGAAAUGGGCAAGGUGGUAUAAGUAUGCAUCUGUGGGCUUGAGCCUUUUUGGUGCUUAUUUAUUAGCCAAGCAUGCUAUUCAGUACAUCUUGGAAAGACGACGCCGUUGUGAACUGCAAAAGAGGGUUCUUGCUGCGGCUGCUAAGAGGUCAGGACAAGAUAACGAAGGCGAAAAGGCUGACAGUUUACCAGAUGGUGCAAAAAGAGAUCGUGUCAUGCCAGAUUUAUGUGUAAUAUGCCUUGAGCACGAGUAUAAUGCUGUUUUUGUUCCGUGUGGGCAUAUGUGUUGCUGUAUAAUUUGUUCUUCCCACUUAACUAACUGUCCUCUAUGCCGGCGGCGGAUAGAGCAGGCAGUGAAGACAUAUCGUCAUUGAACAUGAUGGAGUCAAAAGUAGAUGAUCCUACGUGGCAUUCUGAUUCAUGCCUUUCAAGGGUCCAAGCAACGUUUAGGCCAACGGCGAUGAUACAACUUCUCUACUUGCUCACCAGCCAGUUUCCUGACCUCUGCCUGAGAAUCUGAAAUAAGCAAGCUUUCAGAGAUACAUCAAAGACAUAAUUCUUUCUUGUUAACAGCUGGUGCUUUUGGCAUCUCGAUUUGUGAAUAUGCUUACUAUUGCUAUAGUUGGUGGUGUAUUGUACUUCGCUAAAUUUUCAAACAUCACUGAUACAGUCUUCAUGUUGAAAAUUUGUUCACAACGGCUAUAGUACUUGAUUGAAGGAAGCGA